AGCAAAUUGUAACAGUCGUUGCUUUGAUGGGCCUGGAUUGAUGGCGUGCUACAAUUUUUCCUAAUUUGUUAUAUUUUGUGAAAAAAAAACUCAAUUUAUUAGUAGUGAAAAGUCAAACAAGAGCAAAUAGUUUAUUAAAACAGUGGGAUUCGUGCUUUUUUGUCACAAAUAUUUGAGAUAAUCUGGUUGAUUGAAUUCGACCGUUGACAGUUCUGUUUGGGCGUUCAUAUAGAGUCAAUGUAAAAUGGAUCCUUUUACUCAGAACAUACUGGAUCGGGCUGAAAAACGCGCUGCGGCUCUAGGAAUUACCAACACCUCCAAAUUUCCCUUGUCGGAGUUCAACUACGACACAACGGCUGCAACUUCGUCUACGGUGGUAUCGAAAUCGCCAGCUAAAAAAUCCCCAUCAGCUGGAAAUACGUACACCAAGCAAUCCAAGAAAAGUUUCGGUAACGCUCCGACGAUUGACUCAGAGAACAAGAGUCCUCAGCAGCAACAACCGGUAUUGGCAAGUGGCUCAAAGGUUACUAAAAUCGAAACUCAGCUUAAUCCGACAAGUAGUUCAGGAAAGGAUGUUGAUGUUGCCGUUGAGAUCAACAUAACUACUGGUUCAAACGUACAAGUUGAAGUGGAGGUAGCGGAAUGCGAGGUUGACGCGAAUGGAAAAAUCUCUCGUAAAAUGGAUAACAAAACCGACGAUAUGGAUGCAAAAUGUUUAAUUAGAGACUCAUCUCGAAACCAACUGCAACGAUUAGGCACGCUCUACUCUGAAUCACAGGAUUUGUCGUCACCUGUUCAUCGCACGGAAGGACGCUUCCAUGAAGAAAACACACAGGGGAAACAAAAUUCCCGUCCUAAGCCUAAGCUUGCAAAAUUAGCUAUGUUGGCAGACUCAAUCAAUAAUUGGGAAGAUGAUACGUCCCAUCCGGACAUCAAACAACAUCGUGACACGCUUGCUAUCGCACGGAAAGAUAAAAGUCCAAACAGAAGACAAAGUCCAAAUAAAAAAGAAAGUCCCAAACAUACUGGAACAACUCCAAAGAAGAGCAUGGCCCCUGCGCCUCCGAAAUCUAUUCUCAGUCCAGCGAAACCUACCGGGAUCGAUUCUGACAAGGUUGGUACAAAAACCCUCAAAUGGGAUCGAAAAGUAAUGGACGCAUUGGAGUCUCAAGGAUUUCAAAGACGAGAAUCUACUACUUCUAAGCUGGUCUAUGAUUACAAAGAUUCAUCUAAACUAUCCCAGGAAAACCAAGAAACGGAGCAAACCGAGAAAGCUCUUGUUCCAUUGAAAAAAACCCAUGAUAUUGUUGAUAGUUCUCGUGAGCGUACAACAGGACAAGAAAUUAUGAAAGCUCCUACGCAAAAAACUCAAAUCAGUAAAGGUUUGGUGUCUGGACGAGCUGCAAUGUUCGAAAAGUCUAAUCCUCGCCAAUCGAUCCUUAAGAACAGCAAAGAUCCAGCGGAAAUGUCACUCAAGGAGCGCAUGGCUAUUUUUGAGAAAAACAAAGGUCAAGCACUUGUGCCAAAAUCGCCAUUCGGAAUGGCUCCCUCUAUCAAGCAAAUAACAGGAGAGUCUGCAUCAUCGUCCAACACAAAGUACGUCACAUCAUGUCUACCCAUACAGGGAACCGGUAUUGGCACUGUUCCAAAAGAGCAACCGAUUUCUCAAAAGCAACAAAUUGAUACUUACAACAAACCGUCUUCUGCGGCUUCAACGGCAACGGGGUCGGCAAUCAAAAAUACUUUUGCAGCGUUGAUGUCCAACAACAGCACCAUUUCCGAAUCACAAAUUCUCGAAGAAACGCGACGGCAACGACAGCAGGAAAUGGAAAUGCUACUGAACCGCUUCUCAAAACCGACUGACAUGUCAUCGGAUGCGCUCAUCGAGAAACCAGUUCCAUCACCUCCUCCGAUGCCACCGGAUGGUUAUCUCACGUUGAGCAACAGGAAAUCGGGACGCAAAGAUGAUGUUAUCGGUGCCGGUAACAAGCGACGCAGUGGAGAGGAGCACGUUAGCCCCGAAGUUCGUACCACAUUGGACGAUGUGAAACGGAUUCGCAUCGUGGCACCCAAAGAUGGCCGGCUUUAUCCGAGACUGAGUGACAUCGAAACAACAACUACAGAAUCAGAGGGCGAUGAUUAUACAACAGCAACCGUUUCCGGUGAUGAUGGCAGUGAUCGAAAUCAGGACAGUCACUACCAUGACUGCUAUGGAGAGGAAGAAGAACAAGAGUAUGACGAGGAGCAAGACCAAUACGGUCAAUCAGUGGAUGAAGAUGACGAUAGCUACAUGUACUCUGACGAGGAAGAUCUGGAUACAGGUAUUUGUGACGUAAGUCUAGGUCAGGAAAUUAUGCAGGCUGUCAAGAUGCAAGACCGGCGUGUCAGUUGCGGUAGACGCCGACAAAGUCAGGGAACAAAGAUUGAUCCGCACCAACAACAAAGUAGCAUACAGCAUCACCAUCAGAGCCAGAAUAGUUCCACAAGCGAAGUUUCCGGUAUCCUCGAUGACAUGGAAGACUAUCUCGACGAAGCACUCGACGAGGACAACGGAGAAGAAUAUGAUACACCAAGAAAGUCUACUGUUUCAUCGAACAGUUUUUCGUAUCAAAAAAAUCCGCGCAAAAAGGAUUGUCAAACAAUUACUGAAGAAGAAUCGGAAGAGAAAAAAGAUCCUCAAAAACCAUCGCCUAAGCAGCAUCGCCAUCAAGAAACUGUCCACGAAGAUUACAGUAGCCCAGUAAAAUCUGAGCUGAAAAUCAAUCCAUCCGACGAUAACAAUAUGGUAACAUUGGUUCACACGGUUAGUUUCUACCGACGCCAGCAAAACUCGAACAAUUCAACACCAGUUAAAAAAAUAAUUCGAGCCCCAGUGCAGUCGCAGCGAGUUCAAAUGGAAUCUACAACAGAAGAUUCCGAUGAUACCACUUCUACGACGACUGCAACCAGUACAACAUCCUCAGACGAGAAUGAUUAUCUGAUUCAAGAAAAGGUUAAGAAACUUUUGGACGAAGUUUGCAAACAACAGACGGUAAUCGCGCAAACCAGCCAGGCAUUGAAUUUGUGCGCGGCCACCAUUGAAUUUUCAGGUUCUAGCGAAUCUGUAGAAGGCGAACGACAUCUGCUAGUAGCGACUCACAGACGCCAGGCAAUCCUAGAUGAAGUUCAGCGUCUCCGUGUAGAAGGGUGUCUGCGGCCACCAGGUGCUCCCACCGAAAAAGGUCGGCUGACAGUUAAAGACAUCACACUUCCUUUGAAGCAGGAAUAUAUCAGAAAACUGGCUUCUGAUGCCAUUAGCGGUCAUCAUUUAGUUUGUUUGCUUAAGUAUAAUGAAACUGUGCUAGCUACGCAAACCAUUCCUACUUUGCCAGGACUACUAUCAGUUCGAUUUCCAGAUGUGCUCCAACUUAGCAAUGUUUUUGCCGAUUUUAAGAUUACUAUGGAAAUUUACGGAAUGACUGCUCAACGGGAAAUUCUUCCUCACGAAAUCAAGUAUCACAUUGCAAUGAACAAAAAAGGUUCCAACAAGUUGCAUACACCAAAAGGCGUUAAAAGCAACACACGCUUGAUAAUGCCACCGGUGCAAUCUCCAGCUGGCCCACAAGCCGUUCGCAGUCCAGCAUUGGUUCAGUACGGUUUCAUAAUAUUUUCAUUGAAGGAAGUCCAGCGAACCAAUUGGACACUGAACCCAGUAGCUGGUGUAAGUCCUCUGGAAGGUACCGUACAUAUGAAGGUAAACUGCGAAUUAACAGUUACUGUCGAUUAUCGUGGAUUUCUGACGAUGUUCGAGGAUGUAUCCGGGUUCGGAGCAUGGCAUCGGCGCUGGUGUCGGCUGCAUGGUCAUGUCCUUCGCUAUUGGACCUAUCCUGACGAUGAAAAACGCAAGCCUCCGAUCGGAAGUAUUGAUUUGCAGAAUUGCUGCACUCAGAAAGUAGCUAUUGCACCCAGAUUGGUAUGCUCUCGACUGAACACAUUACUGUUAGAAUUCCGACGUCCAGCACAGCCGAACGAUGUUGAAUCGCUGGUUCUAGAAAAGCAAGGCAAUACUGUUAUUCAGCGGCAUUUGCUGUCAGCUGAUUCCAAGGAAGAGCGCGACGAGUGGUGUGCUCAUCUUAAUAAGACACUUGCUCUACUUAAAGCCUGGGGACAGACCGAUAACAAAAGCACGAGUUGCUGAAUACAUCUAAUCUGCUUUAUAUCGGUUUCCUGUACAGUUGCCAUUGUGAGUAGUAUUAUGUGUAUCUUAGUUACUUUGUCUUUAUUGAUGUUUGAAUAAUUAUGAACUCGAAUCCCCCAAGCAGAUGAAGAAUAAUAUGCCUGCAUCUGUUAACGAUUACAACCGGCAUAACUUAUAACUAGUUAUAAUCAAAUUAUGCUUUUCUUUGCUAGCUUUGUGUACUAACUCGUUUGACACACGUUCAUAUUUUUAUUCAUUUACGCCAUAAAUAAUCAAUAUAUCUAAAUGAAUAUAUAUCUAUAUGUAUUUUGGCUAACAUUAA